UAUGUUUCUGGCGAUUUCAAGGCUGGAGGUUAUAACUGGAAAUUGAUUCUAUACCCAAACGGAAAGAAGGAGAGAAAUGUGAAGGAUCAUAUCUCUCUCUACUUGGCAAUAUCAGAGCCAAGUUCUCUUCCUGUUGGUUGGCAAGCUAAUGUGAUGUUCAAAUUGCUCUCUGUCUACAGCUCGGGAAAUUCCUAUCAAGCCUCUGCUUUCAUUUUACUUUGUUGCUUUCAAGUAAUUGUGAAAGACAAUGUUGAAGAAAGAAAAGGUACCAAAAGGGCACCAAGCCGCUUUCAUGCGAUGAUGACCAAACGGGGUUUCACCCAUUUAAUCUCACUUGAGACUUUCAAUGACCCUUCCAAUGGAUACCUUGUUGAAGACACAUGCUAUUUUGGAGCAGAAGUUUUUGUUUCCAAAAAUCAUGGAGAAGGGGAGUGUUUGUCCAUGACGAAGGGGCCGGUUUCCUGUAGCCAUACUUGGAAGAUAGAGAAGUUCUCUUUGUUGUGUGAAAAACAAUACUCUAAAGAAUUCAGUGUUGCGGAUUUUCCAUGGAAGAUUCUCCUAUAUCCAAGAGGUGAUUCAAAAGAAAAAGACAGGAGCCUCUCCUUGUACUUGACAUUCGCUGAUUCAGCAUCACUUCCUUUGGGGAAGAAAGUAUAUCUGGACCUUGUCUUCGGGUCAAGGAUCAGAUCCGUGAUAUACAUUGGGACCAUCAAGUGCAAUGUCGUGUAUGGAUCAGAGAAGCUUUUAUCAAGAGUUCAGACAUGCCUGUCUCAAAUCAUUCAUGGGGCUUUUCUGUGGCAGUUAGGGGUUGUUUGA